GCAGACGCACGGUGCUCGUCAAUAGGAUGCCAUUACACAAAACCCACGCCCGAGUUUCUGCCUGGAUUACCCUUUGUCUCCUUAAAAUGACCUAAAGCUGAUUCGUCGAUGAAAGAAAGAAGAUCAUGUGCAUGUGUGUGAUUCCACCACACGUGGAGCGCGUCUCGGCGCCGCGUGAUGGAGGUACGUGGAAGCAGUGCAUGGUGGCCAUGAAGAAGCCAUGAAGACAGCGAGGGCUCCUGCCAAGGUCAGAUUGGAGCCUGGCUGUGUCCAUGUGGAGGGCACCGAGGAUGCCAUUACAGACAACACACGUCUGCUGGCUGCGUGGAUGACUUGUUCCCGCCUCCAGCCCGGAGUUGUAACUUUGUGAUCCACGAGUGGGAGAUUUUAGUUUUCCAUUGGUCGUGGUGGCUGUCCAUGGUUCUGACCCCGGGCUCCAGGAAUGGUGGAGACGCUGAGUAUCGCCGUCAUCGGUGCUCCCGGAGUGGGCAAAACUUGUAUAAUCCGCCAGUUCAUCUACAACGACUUCUCGGAGGUCUACACGCCGACCCGGUCCAGAUAUGUGUACCGACCCUCCGUCAUUCUCAACGGCAGCAUGUACGAGCUGAAGGUCCUGGACGUCCCGCCGAUCUCCUCCUUCCCGUCCAGCUCCAGUCAGGAGUGGCUGGAUUUGCGUUGCAGAGGUGUUCGCAAUGCCAACGCCUACAUCCUGGUGUACGACAUCUGCUGUGUGGAGAGUUUUGAAUACGUGAAGAUGAUCAGGCAGCAGAUAGUAGAACACAGGGAAGGCAGCAGCAGCGAGGUGCCCAUUCUGGUGGUCGGCAACAAGAGAGAUCUGCAGCGACAACGCUUCAUGCCUCGCAGGGCGGUGUCGGUUCUGGUCAAGAAGACCUGGAAGUGCGGCUACGUGGAAUGCUCUGCCAAGUUCAACUGGCACGUGGUCCUGCUCUUCAAAGAGCUGCUGGGCAUUGCUGUGGCGCGGGGCCUGCGCCAAAAUCACACCUCUAUCCGUCUGCAGGGGGCACUGCAGAGGAACCGCUGCACUGUCAUGUGACCUUCUCACCCGAGGAUUGGAGCAAAGGACUUCUUGAUCUAAAUGGCUGGAAACAAAAUACCCCGUGGCCUCCUGCUUUACUGAGCUGAUUUUUCAUAAUGAGAUUUCUUAGAAGCUGCGCUGUAUACGAUUUCACUCAUGACCACUUCCCAGUCUCAUAUGACAUAACAGGCCUUGCAUUGCAUUGCAUUGACACGUACUGCUUCUCCGGCUGACUGGAAGGAAGUUAUUUUUGUGAGACUCAAAGCAGAGAGGCAGCAAUAUUUGUUGAGUCUUCCUUUCAAAUGUGUCCUAUUCAGCAAGGUUCACCUGAGGAGACGACUGAACAAAAAGGGGACAAAUAGAUAUUAUUAGUAUGUUACUAGAUUCAGAAAAGGUAGCGUGCAUUGUCCUGAUGAAAUGACACUUUUUCUUUCUUGUCCAUACUGCCCCUAUAUAAUGACGUUUGUUUAGGGGAAAGAUGUUGUAGAGUUGUCUUGCAGUGGAAAAUGCUGCAGUCCCUUAUCAUGAUGUACUGUAGGGCCCCCCCACACCCCACCCCAUCCCUUUUAUCACACACCCCCACUCAGUGGCUGAUUCUGGUGAAUACAUUAACGCAAGGGAACGGGGACCGGCAGGAGGCUGCAGAGCCUGAGAUGAGGCACUGCAUGCGGGUGUGUGUGUGUGUGUGUGUGUGUGUGUGAGAGAGAGAAAUGGGUGGGGGUUGUGGGGCAGUUGAUCACUGACAUUCAAGCUAGAAAAGGACAAAAAUGAGAAACACAUGUUGAAUGUGUUGGCUUAAGAAGGAGCAAUAAUUCCACCUGACUGAUGGAGCCACUGGGUUAUACGUAUUACAAUGCCACACAAACAGUCCAAUCAACCCAUCCACACUAUAAAAUGCUGCAGCAGAGCUCAAAGACUUCAACCAAACACCCUGCAGACACACAGAGAACCUUAAUAAAGCUUGGUAAUCAUGUGAGAUGUACAUGGCUGCACUAAACAUGGGAAGACUUGUACUUAAAGAGGGAUUAUUUGGCUUGCAUGCUAUUGUUGGUACCACAUCCAACAGGUCAGGUUUUAAUUGCACUGAUGUGAAAAUGUGAUAUCGUGUUUGACUGUUUUGUAUGUGGUUUUUUGACACUGUGUUGUGAGCUGCAGAGUGGAGUGAAUGUGAUGGUUUUACACUGGCAUGUGGGAGCACAAGCUCAUGAUUCUAUUCAAGAUGUGGUGUUUACCCUUCGGUCAGGGUAGAUUGCUGUUUUAGUAGUUUUGGUUAUACAUAUAUAUAUAAAAAAGAUGUAGCAGCAACCAAGUGUAGCAUGAGUUAUCAUCAGAUUGUGUGUUUCCAAAUAAAAAGGGCUACAUUUUUUUUAUCAGACUUGUAUUUAUUUUCCUGUGCUGGUAUUGUAAUGUUUUGACAUAUGAUGGAUUAAAUGCAUUUGGGAACAGUAACCUUA